GAUGAAGAAUGAUUGAGAGAGACAAGCUUCAAAUCGUAAAUUAUACUGUGAAGAGUCAUGAUGUCGAAAACAACGUUUGUGUAGUUAAAAAAUGAAACGAAUUGUGUCGUGACGUUUCGUGAGGGGCCUCUUGUGCUUAAUCGAAGAACGCUCAAGGUUUAAAACUCUAACCGAGAAAUAUCCGCUUAUCCAAAUGGUUACGAUCUCGCAUUAUUAUAACCUAGGCCGUAUAUGCGAACUUUGUAUCAGCUGAUGGGCUCAAUGUAACUACGCGUACAAUUUUCCGCCGGAUUGUCCAAACAUUUCGUUUCUACAACUCACCGGAGGAAAAUUUCGUCAUGGCAGAUCUCGCUUUAGGGGAGCUCAGUGGUGAUCAGACUGAGAAAGUACUUCAAUUCCAGGAUCUUACUGGUAUUGAGGAUCUAUCAAUAUGCAGAGAUGUUUUGCAGAGACACAACUGGAAUCUAGAAGUUGCUGUUCAAGAACAAUUAAAUUUAUACGAAGGUAGACCAUCCAUGUAUGCACAGGAUUCACGUGCUCGCCCGCCACAAGUUGUAGACGACAGUAGUUCGAGAAUUUAUUUUAGUUAUCCAGGAAGUUCUGGUGGAGGCGGUGGUCUCUUAUCCUAUAUUUUUUCUAUGUGUUACAACAUAGUGAGCAGUAUCCUACAGUUGUUGUUUGCAAUAUUUAGGAGGAACAUUAGACCUGUAUCCUCUGAUCCAGUGGAAGAUGUAGUCAACUUUAUUAGAUCUUAUGAGGAGCGUUACAGUAACAUUCACCCAGUAUUUUAUCAAGGUUCAUACAGCCAAGCCCUUUCCGAUGCUAAACAAGAAUUAAGAUUUUUAUUGGUAUAUCUGCAUAAAGAUGAGACACAAGAAGUUGACCAAUGGUGCAGAAAUACACUGUGUGAUCCAGAAGUGAUACGGUACAUAAAUACACAUACUUUGUUCUGGGCAUGUAAUGUAAAAUCUGGAGAAGGUUACAAAGUCGCGGAAGCGCUGAAAUCAGGUUCAUAUCCCUUCUUGGCACUUAUCGUGCUUAAAGACAAUAGAAUGACAAUAGUCGGUCGAUUAGAAGGUGCACCAUCUUCCGCUGAUUUAACGUCGCGUUUGCAAACAAUCAUAGAACGUAAUGAAAUUAAUUUGAUCCAAGCACGUCGGGACAGAGCAGAGCGUAGUGCGGCGCAAUCGCUCCGACAACAGCAGGAUCGCGCUUAUGAGGAGUCGUUACGCGCGGAUCAAGAAAAAGAUCGUAGAAGAGAGGAGGAGCGAAAAGCGCGGGAAGAGAAAGAAGCCCGAGAGAAGGAACAGUUGAACGCGCAAGAGCUAGAGAUACAACGUAUACGACUCGAGAAAGAACUUACUAUUAACAAAGUACCGCUGGAGCCGGAACCGUCUAAUCCUAAUGCGUGUCAUCUUCAAAUUAAGCUUGGGGAGAGAACAAUGAAAAGAAGAUUCCUUAUGACUGACACAGUUGAGGAUGUUUAUCACUGGAUAUUCAGUCAGUCAGAUUCUCCGGCAAGUUUUGAAAUAACAACGAGUUAUCCCAGAAGAAUUCUCUAUCCUUGUAGAGACAUCUUAACUCUAUUGGAUGCUGGUUUAACUCAUAGAGAGGUCCUGCACAUCAACGAUCUAGAUGAUUAAUUACGAUCAUUAUUUCGAUACAAUAUUCUUCGAAUUUUAGUGUCAUUCCAUGGGAAAAAUGAUACUGUUGUAAGAGACAUUUAUCAAGAGAUAAUAUGGGCUCAUGCGAGCAUGUAACACGCAAAAUACAGAUGUGUGUGUGUGUGUGUGUGUGUAUAUAUAUAUAUAUAUAUAUAUAUA